CAAGUUAUAAAUUUGCGGUUAAUGGAGUAAUAUGUUCUAGAAGGUCCUAUUUCACCCUACAUAUGGACCAUCUCUGGCCUAGCUGUCAUAGUUAUCGCAUGCACUAAUUUUAGCCCGGGCAAGGUCAAGGCCUCAAUAGAACAAGGCAGUCUUUACCAGGCAUGUUAAUAGUUAUAAAGUCCAAAAUCUGAACGAACUCUGGCAUCUUAGCAUGUGAACAACGUAUGCAAACUUGUGUUACGGCCAAUCGAAUCUCCCCUGACGGUCUUUCCCUUCACGUGGACUUGAACAAUGGCCCCCUUUUUUCUGCAAGGAUUUUGCCUGCUCCCCAUGCAUGCAUUGGUCAUUCGCAAGACCUCAGCCAAUGCGUCCACAACGCCGGUCAAAUAUUUAAAGGUCUCUAUCGAAAGGCAGUAAUACAUAUAUCUGCGUUUCAAAAGUAACUAUAAACAAAAACUACAAUGCCGAAGCAAGCUAAAAAGCGCCGUUCAACUCGUACUCGUCCAUCGCGUCAAAACGAACAAACUGUGGCGGAAACCAAUGGCGAGACGUCGAACGCGGCCAACCACACCAGCGAACAGCCGCUUGGUUCUGCCACGAACUACGCCGACAUGUCCACCGAAGUCCUCCAUCUUCUCUUGGCCCAGCGAAACCUCUCUCUUUCUGGUUCGCGUGACGUUCUUUUACGCCGCCUUGCUGAUCACGACAGAACGGCAAAUUCUCCAGCCUUAACACCAGCUCUACCACCACGUGAUCCGACUCCCAGUACGCCUCAAUUUUCCGCUGAAUCUCUCCGCUCGUUGGCAGUUAACCUCGCACCGUUGCUCCGCGACGUUUUGGCCCGCGACACGCCACCAUCGCCUCAACCACCGCUUCCACAACCAUCGCCAGCAGCGAGCCUUAUCGCGCAGUCCGCGCCAACACCCUCUUUCGAUCUGGGUAAUCCUUCCAGCGUUGCCACUUUAAUCUCGUCUUCGCCAGUUUACUCGUCAUCCACCUCAUUACCGUCAGAGACUCCCAGUCUGCCUAAGAAAGUCGAGGAACAGAUCGUUAACGGUCCGAAGGCGGCCGGUCAAGCAAUUUCCCCAACCGAGGAUUCUGCCGCAAUUUUAACGGGGGCCUCCCGUGCUCAGCAAACCCAUGUUCCUUCGAACAUCGGUGUAAUCGAUCCGGCUGUGGCGGACGGCAUGCGGCAUAUGAACACGCUGACACCAGCUCUGCGAGAACUGAUGACACUCCGCGUCGCAGAAAACACAAGUAAAGAGUUUGUUGAUAGAUUAAAACCAGUUACACCAAUUAACGUUAAUCUCCUGGAGUCCAUGCUAACUAACCACCCAGAUCGCGAAUUUGUUGUUGCCCUCUGUUCGGGUUUAAGGGCGGGUUUUAAAAUUGGGUAUAAGGGGCCCCGUCACCCCUUCGUUUCACCUAAUCUUAAAACGGCCCUUAUGUCGCCGGAAAUAGUGGAUGAAAACCUGCUCAACGAAGUCAAACAAGGCCACACAGUUGGCCCCUUCACUAGCCCUCCAUUUACAAACUUCCAAGUCUACCCCUUGGGCCUUGUCCCUAAGAAGAACUCAUCCAAAUGGAGAACCAUUUUUCACCUUUCCUAUCCAAAAUCAUCAACCACUAGCGUUAAUGCUAAUAUUUCAUCCGAAGAUUACUCUUUACAGUACGUCCGAAUUGACGACGCUAUGAGAAUCCUUCUUGAACUAGGCCCGAACUGUUUCAUGGCCAAAACCGAUGUUCAAUCCGCGUUCCGUAAUAUCCCAGUUCACCCCGAUGACUGGGAACUCCUAGGCAUGAAAUGGCGGGGACUGUAUUUUUUCGAUCGUGUUCUUCCCUUCGGCCUUCGCAGUGCACCAUGGACCGCUUCAAACAAUUAG